CGGCCCAGCAUCAGCUCUAGUAGCCCGCAGAGCAGACACUCACCUCCCUGCGCCGCGGGUGGGCGGGGGAGGCUCCGUGGAGCAGGUGCAGUAUGAAAUUGGAAUUUAAAAGAUGAGUUGAAGACCGCUCUUUAAAAAUAAAGUGUGGACACGUGUCUAAGGAAGAGGAUAUUAAACCAUCCUCUUUCCCUGGCUGCUACUUCCCACGUGCGUUGGGAAGAAGCACCAAAGCUGCCGAGUGACCGUAGGUGUCUCCUCCGUCUCCGGGGCACCCACCCUGGAGCUCCCCGCGCGCUUGAAUGAAUGGGGGAGGACCCGUGCACAUGAAUGAGUGCGGGAGCGAGGGAGUGCGCCGGCAAGCGGGCGGGUGAAUGGCGACCGCGCCGACUCCGCACAGGGGCGCGGGCGCGGGCUCCACUUCCCUCUCCCGCCAGCUGGUGGCCUAGGGAAGGUGGCGGCGCCGGCAGCGGCCCGAGCUGGGACGGGCCGGGGCGCGGGAUGGUGGGGGAAGGGGCGUUCCCGGCGGCCGCGCCUUCCGCGGCUAUUGGAUUAGUGGCCUUCAGGGAUGAGCUCAGCCGGAUCGGCUUUCAGCUGCAGCCUCCCGGCCGGCUGGGAAGGCGGGGAGCGGGCGGCGGCGGAGGAGGGGGGGAGGCGGCGGCGGCUGCAGCAUCCAGAGCUGGCCGCGGCGGCCGGCGCGCCCCGCGCACAAAGGCUCCCAGCCCCUGGGGAGGGCGAUGAGCGCUCCGCAGCGCAGCCCCGGACCUCAGCUCCAACUACCACUGCGUGCGCCCAGGACGCCGGGGAAGACGCAGGGCGCGCCAGGGGCCAGCGGCCGAGGCGCGGCCCGUGAGCCCUGAGCUCGGGACUCGCCGCCCUCUCGGUCCGGCGCGGAGCUUCAGAACGGCUAGAGCGCGGGCCUUGGCGCGCCCGGGAUCCGCGCAGGAAGGCGCUGCCCCACUCCCACCCGACCUCUCGCGCCCUCCCGCCGUGCCCGAGCGCCAACUUCCCCAAGAACGUUCCAACUCCAGGCCACCCUGCCGGGCAGAGGGGGCGCUGCUGCUGGGCACCGGCCGUGAGGACGCGCCCCUGGCCCCGGAGAGACAGCCGGCAUCUUCGGGGUCGCUCGGGCGCCCCUGAGUGGGCGGCGGCGACUGCAGACGGCUCUUCGCGGAGUGCAGGACCUGCCAGCCCCGGCGAUUCCUCCCGGCAGGCGCUCGCCCUCUCUUUUAUGGAGCUUGGGCCCCUGCCCCAGCCCGGUGGAGGCUGUGGAGGGAUACGGUCCAGAAGUCUGGUACCCAGCCCGGCGGCCCAUCCCUGGCUGUGGGGAGCGGCAGCUCCCACGAGGUAGCGGUGGCCUGCAGCGGCCCCCUCCCGGCAGUGAACCAUGGGCCAGAAGCUCUCGGGGAGCCUCAAGUCGGUGGAGGUGCGAGAGCCGGCGCUGCGGCCGGCCAAGCGGGAGCUACAGGGGGCGGAGCCGGGGCGGCCGGCGCGGCUGGACCAGCUGUUGGACAUGCCCGCGGCCGGGCCCGCAGUGCAGCUGCGGCACGCAUGGAACCCCGAGGACCGCUCGCUCAACGUCUUCGUCAAGGAUGACGACCGGCUCACCUUCCACCGGCACCCGGUGGCCCAGAGCACGGAUGGCAUCCGUGGCAAGGUGGGCCAUGCCCGCGGCCUGCAUGCCUGGCAGAUCAACUGGCCGGCACGGCAGCGUGGCACCCACGCCGUAGUUGGCGUGGCCACGGCUCGGGCCCCUCUGCACUCGGUGGGCUACACGGCACUGGUGGGCAGCGACGCCGAGUCGUGGGGCUGGGACCUGGGCCGCAGCCGCCUCUACCACGACGGGAAGAACAGGCCCGGAGUGGCCUACCCCGCCUUCCUAGGGCCCGAGGAGGCCUUCGCGCUGCCGGACUCGCUGCUCGUGGUGCUGGACAUGGACGAGGGCACGCUCAGCUUCGUCGUGGAUGGCCAGUACCUGGGCGUGGCCUUCCGCGGCCUCAAGGGCAAGAAGCUGUACCCGGUGGUGAGUGCCGUGUGGGGCCACUGUGAAGUCACCAUGCGCUACAUCAACGGCCUUGACCUUGCAAACAACCUUAUUUUAAAGAAGAGUUCCUUUUCCACUGGGACAUGACUCCUGGUUCUACCAAAUGACACGGUGUUGGAACUUUGGUGAAGGUGGCCUUUGAUUGAGGUGGGUACUGCUAUUUCCAUUUUACAGAUGAGUUGAUUGAGGCUCAGAAAGUUUGGGAGACUUGCCUAGGUUGCUCUGUGCGUGGGGGAGCUGAUUUGAACCCCAUCUGUUAUUUUUCUACCUUGUCACUGCUCCAGAAGCAGAUUCUAGGGGCGUGUAUAUGCGUGUGUAAGUGCGUGUGUGUCUGAACACAACAGGGCUCCCUGGGUCUACUAAGAGCCAUCUGGCAGGCCAGCCAAGAGAAGGGGCCUCUAUGGAGCAGGGACACCCAUGUGGGUGUCCUCACACUGUGCUUUUGUUCCUUCAGGUUGUUGAGUGAGCCAUGGCUGGGGAUUUGUGGUUCACAGUCUUCCC